UAACAGCUGAGCAGAGAAAAAAUAUAUAUAAGGAAAAUUUUUCAUAGACUACAGUAAAUAGAAUUGACUAAGACAUUUGCAACUGUGACUAUAAAAGACCACAGAAUGGGCAUUUCAUCAACUCUAGAAGCAGACCGUAUUGCAGAGCUAGAUGAGCUUCUCACUAAAAUCAAGCCAAGAUUACUAGAAUAUAUAUCAAAAUCGGAUCCUAAUUCGUCCCAAUAUGAGAUCGGGUCAUUAGGGAAUUAUCAAGAACCACAAUUCUUAAAAGAGCAAUUUUUCAAAUAUUCUAAGGAUGAAUUGGAAAAGCCAAUUGAAAGCAUUGAUGAAUUAUUCGUGGUCAUCGACAAGGUAUUGAAAUAUUCUGUCAAUACUUGGAAUCCGGGGUUCAUGGACAAACUUUAUGCAUCAAAUAAUCCUAUUGGUGUGAUCUCGGACAUUCUUUUGUCAAUUCUUAAUACCAAUAGUCAUGUAUACACAGUUUCACCCGUUUUAUCUGUUAUUGAGAAUUACAUUGGAAGGAAAUACGCUUCCUUAUUUUUUUCAAACAAUAAAAAGACGUGUGGAGGAUUAACAUUUGCUGGAGGUUCAUGGUCUAAUAUAACAUCAUUGCAAAUGGCGAGAAGUUUAAGAUACCCUGAUACAAAGCUUAACGGUAAUUCUAACCAUAAAUUUGCGAUAUAUACCUCGAAACAUUGCCACUACUCCGUUGAAAAGGCCGCUAUUUUGCUUGGUAUUGGUGCCAAUUCUGUAUUCAAAGUUGAUAUUGAUCAAGAUGGGAUAAUGAUUGUUGAUUCCUUAAAAAGUACUAUUGAAAAAACCAUUGCAGAGGGUUAUACUCCACUUUACAUUAAUGCCACUGCAGGUACUACUGUUUUUGGUUCAUAUGAUCCUUUCGAAGCAAUAGCAGAUGUCGCUAAAACUUAUAAUAUAUUCUUCCAUAUUGAUGGAUCAUGGGGUGGAAACGUUAUUUUCUCUGAAGAACAUAAACAUAAGUUAGCAGGAUGUCAAUACGCUGAUUCUAUAACUGUUAAUCCUCACAAGAUGUUAGGAGUUCCUAAUACAUGCUCAUUUUUGUUAGUUCCUCAUGUUGGUAACUUCCAAACUGCUAUGAGCUUACAAGCUCCUUAUUUGUUUCAUGGGCGUGAAGAUGAUGAUGAAGAGAAUUACGAUUUGGCUGACGGAACUAUGGGAUGUGGACGUCGUGCUGAUUCUUUUAAAUUUUAUAUGGCAUGGUUAUACUAUGGUUAUGAAGGAUUUAGUAAACGUAUAAAUCAUGCUUUUGAGAUAGUCAACUAUUUCGUGGAAAAAAUUAAGAAUGAUAAAAGAUUUGAAUUAAUAAUUGAAAGCCCUCAAUGCUUCCAAGUGUGCUUUUAUUAUAGACCAAAGGGCUAUUCUCAAAAAGAUAAUACGGAUAUAACAAGAUUUAUUUCUCGUGAAUUACAUAAAUUGGGUAAAUACUUGGUUGAUUUUUCGCCUAAUCCAUCAAGUGUAGAUAAUAAAGGAGAGUUUUUCCGGGUAGUAUUCAACUCGCCAAUAUUGACCGAUAAGGUUAUCGAUGAUUUAGUUGAAAGUAUUAUUAAUGUUGGUGAAAAAUAUACUUAAAGACCCUUUACUUGACGUGAUAAUGAUUCAGUUUAAUUAAUAGGUGGGCCGUUAACGGAUUUGUAAAUAAAUAGAUUUUAUUAGAAAUAUAGAGAUAUUUAAUUAUAUGACUUAGAGAUUUUUAAU